CUGCAGCCUCUCUGCACUGAAACAUGAGACAUAAAUCAGGUCAAACAGUUUCUGUUUCGAGGAAGUGAAACGCAGACAGUCACUCUGACUGAGAGCAGAAAUGGAGCAGAGUCAGCUAAACCGAGAGACUUUCUCCUGUUCAAUCUGUCUGGAUCUACUGACGGAUCCAGUGGCUACUCCCUGUGGACACAGCUACUGUAUGAACUGUAUUAAAGGUCACUGGGAUGAAGAGGAUCAGAAAAGAAUCCACAGCUGCCCUGAGUGCAGAGAGACCUUCAUACCAAGGCCUGUUUUGAAGAAAAACACCAUGCUAGCAGCUUUAGUGGAGCAGCUGAAGAAGACUGGACUCCAAGCUGCUCCUGCUGACCACUGUUAUGCUGGACCUGAAGAUGUGGCCUGUGAUUCCUGCACUGGAAGAAAACUGAAAGCCAUCAAGUCCUGUUUAGUCUGUCUGGCCUCUUUCUGUGAGAAACACCUUCAGCCUCAUCAUGAUGUGGCUCCUUUAAAGAAACACAAGCUGGUGGAGCCGUCCAAGAACCUCCAGGAGAACAUCUGCUCUAAGCAUGAUAAGUUGUUGGAGGUCUUCUGCCGCACUGAUCAGAAGUGUAUCUGCUAUCUCUGCUCUGUGGAUGAACAUAAAGGCCAUGAAACUGUGUCAGCUGCAGCAGAAAGGACUGAGAGGCAGAGAGAGCUGGAGGAGAGACGAGGAAACAUCCAGCAGAGAAUCCAGGACCAGGAGAAAGAUGUGAAGCUGCUUCAACAGGAGGUGGAGGCCAUCAAUCGCUCUGCUGAUAAAACAGUGGAGGACAGUGAGAAGAUCUUCACCCAGCUGAUCCGUCUCCUCCAGAAAAGAAGCUCUGAGGUGAAGCAGCAGAUCAGAUCCCAGCAGGAAACUGAAGUGAGUCGAGUCAAAGAUGUUCAGGAGAAGCUGGAGCAGGAGAUCACUGAGCUGAAAAGGAAAGACGCUGAGCUGGAGCAGCUCUCACACACAGAGGAUCACAACCAGUUUCUCCUCAACUACCCCUCACUGCCAGCACUCAGUGAGUUUACACACUCAUCCAGCAUCAACAUCCGACCUCUGAGACACUUUGAGGACGUGACAGCACCUGUGUCAGAGCUCAGAGACAAACUACAGGACGUCCUGAGAGACUCAUGGACAAACAUCUCACUGAUGGUCACUGGGGUGGAUGUUCUACUGUCAGAACCAGAACCAAAGAGCAGAGCUGGAUUCUUAAGAUAUUCAUGUGAAAUCACUCUGGAUCCAAACACAGCAAACCCAAGGCUGAGACUAUCAGAGGGGAACAGGAAGGUGACAUGGAUGAAUAGAGAUCAGUCUUAUUCUAGUCACCCAGACAGAUUCACUGAUUAUCCUCAGGUUCUGAGUAGAGAGAGUCUGACUGGACCUUGUUACUGGGAGGUGGAGAGGAGAGAGGAAGUUUAUGUAGCAGUCGCAUACAAGAGUAUCAGCAGAGCAGGAUCGGGUAAUGAAUGUGGUUUUGGAUAUAAUGAUAAAUCUUGGUCAUUAUAUUCUUAUCAAAACAAUAGUGAUCUUUGGCACAACAACAUUUUAACCUCCAUCUCAGGUCCAGUUUCCUCCAGAGUCGGAGUGUACCUGGAUCACAGAGCAGGUAUUCUGUCCUUCUACAGCGUCUCUGAAACCAUGACUCUCCUCCACAGAGUCCAGACCAGAUUCACUGAACCGCUACUGGCUGGAGUUGGGAUUUAUAUAACUGGAUCCUCAGCAGAGUUCUGUAAACCCAGAUAGAUUUCCUCUUUCCUCUCAGAUUGUUGAUCAGGGUUCAUGGUUCUGAUGUCUCUGCUCUGCUGUUCUGAUCUUCUUUAUUUUUCCGGUUUAGUUCUUUGUGUUACAGGAGCCAUAAAGGAAAUCACUGCUGAUCAUUUAUUUCAUUCUUAUGACAGAAAUAUUUCAUGAAAAUCUAAACUUCUCUGGACUCUAAUGGUUUUCCUUUCAUUUUUUUAUCCAUGUAUUUCGAUGUUUUAUUUGUUGUUAAAUCAGUUGAGAUCAAAGUGAUCUGAACUUGCUUCUGUUUUCUAUAUUGUGAUCCAAAAACCUGAAACAUGAAAUCAGAACUGAUGCUGUUUUCUUCUCAUAUUUUUAGAUUUAGAUCAGAAAAAAUGUCUGUAGUUCUGUCUCUUUGGACUUCUUCAAUAAAGAAACUUGAUUACAGAGAAA